GUGUUGUUAAGAACGUUGGAGAGCCUGGGAAAGAUGCCACAGACAUAACGAAGAAGAUUGCACCCCGCAUGGAGGCCACGCACGUCAUGGAAGUAGCGCAGUUGCUACUCUCGCUGAUACACUCGUGGGGACUCGAUCCGCAUUUGGACCAAGUGUGCGAAACGCAACUAGGUUUAUUGCGGCCUAUGAUUCCCGUGUCUUUUGGAGUGCUCUCGAAGGGAGGGUACAUGUCGCUCCUGCUACCUACCUGGCAAAACAAUAUUGUUACCAAUCCGAAUGCGGCAGAGCUGCAGAGUGCGUCGAUGACGGCGGAGCAGUUUCGGCAGGAGGGGUUGACCAAGUUAUUCACCGCUCGGCUGCACUGGGAGCUUAGCACCACGCUCACCUCGAACCAUCUUUUGGCAAUGGUCGCUAUGUCCAACACAUUGAUGUCGAUGAACAUGGCCACCUUUAUACCGGAGCAGGAGCGUGCUCGCAAGCUGCAUCGCCAGUCGACUCGGGCAACUUGGAGCAAUGAGGAAGAGCAGGAGGAGGCGUUUACACAGCAGCAGGCUCAGAUCAAACAGGGUUGGAGCUUGCUUUCUACACACCACUGUUUCCUGUUGCCGGAGAAGAUCGAUGCUCUCGAUGCGAACAAUUUCAAGCGCCCUCAGGUGGAGAUGAUGGCUCGGCGCUGGCAGCACCAUUGUCUAGAGAUACGUGAAGCGGCCCAGCAGCUCCUGUUGGGUGAGCUCGGAAGAAUGGGUAAAAAAGGACGCAAGCAGUUGGUGGAAAGCUGGGCCCAGUACCUACCGAUGUAUACGCAUACCGAGCCGAUCGUACAGCAAGCCCCAACAACCGGUCAAUCGAAUGCUGGUUCACCAGCUUCUAGUCCCACCGGUCAACCCAUCGAGCAUGAGGAGGAAUCGGAAGAGGAAGAGGAAGUGGUGCGUAAACCGUCGAGUUUGGCGGAACUCAAGCGCAAACAGACGACAGCGGUAGUGCUGCUGGGCGUCAUUGGUGCCGAGUUUGGACAGGACAUUUCCGCCUCCGAUGGUAAACGUAAUAAUGAAAACCGCCGUAAAAGUUCGGUGGUUGAGGGUUUCGGUAUUGGCAAUAACAAUCUGGCCCGUUCUACCUCGAUGGCACUGACACAUCUGUUGCUUGCGCCAGCUACACCGAAGCUACCGGCAUAUACACCAUUGCGCCGUGCAGCGAUCGAUUUGAUCGGUCGUGGUUUCACCGUCUGGGAGCCAUACAUCGACGUGAGCAAAGUGUUGCUUGGUCUACUCGAGAUGUGCUGCGACUCGAACCGGUUGAUACCGAGUUUGAACUACAAACUACCCCUAACCCCGCAGGCGGACGCGUGUCGGACCGCGCGGCACGCUCUGCGACUUAUUGCUACGGCCCGACCGGCCGCCUUCAUCACGACGAUGGCUCGUGAGGUGGCCCGCUACAACACGAUGCAGCAGAAUGCUCAGGCGAUAAGCGUUCCUAUCACCCAAUCAGUGCUGCAUCGAGCCAAACGCGAGAUACUCCAAUGCGUCGAGAUGCUAAUUGAUAAGAUGCAAACAGAGAUCGCGAAUCUGCUGGUUGAGGUAAUGGACAUUACGCUGCAUUGCGUGGAUUCUGGCGAUCUUAAGAAUAAGGGACUGGCCGAGGUUAGCCCACAGAUGUGCAAAUUCAACCAGGUAUCACACUGCAGCGCCUCGCGUCGCAUUGCUGUUGGUGCCAGUAACGGUCAUUUAGCAAUCUACGAGUUGCGCCAAAACAAGUGUCAGAUGAUACCAGCGCAUACGAAACCGGUAACGGCACUCGCGUUCAGCCCGGAUGGUAAGUUUUUGGUUAGCUACUCGUGCACAGAGAAUCGUCUAUCGUUCUGGCAGACCAGCGCCGGCAUGUUCGGGCUCGGCCAAUCGCAGACACGCUGCAUCAAAGGGUACUCGACCGCACCGAUACCCGAUAUUGCGCGCCUCAACCCGAUGAAACUGGCAAAGCUCAUUUGGAUCAACAAUCGCACCGUUACCCUGAUGCUGGUCGAUGGCUCCGAGACCCGGUUUAAUGUGUAAGAAGCAUGACGACGGUUUUGGUGCACGAACCGGUGGAGAAGACGGUGCUAGAAAUGGUGAUCCAGGUGGCGGCCUACACAUGUCGGAUGAACUGUGACAGUUAAGUUUUUAUUUUGAUUUCUUUUUUUUCUCUGUUUUUUGUUGAAUCGUUGAUAAGUUAUAAGCGACUUUUGCACGACACGUGACGGAAGCCAACCAUAGUAUAAGAAAAGCUUCUGACUAUUUCGCUAAGACGAGAGCCAUUGAAUGAUGAAGUAAUCGAUAGGGUGAAUGGCAUCGGACGAAGGAAUGCGAACAGAGUGUUUCCUCUGUCGUCCACCAUGGUCCGUAGAACAAACCGGGCAUCUUACGGCAACGCUCGGCAGCGGUCUUCUGGAAGCAAAAAGAAUGAAAAACUUAUUUGACCGGUCGUAUUAUGGCUGCCAUAAUUAUGCAAAUUUGCAUGUGUUUCACUUCCUUUCCUCGGAAUCUUCGUCGGAGCUGAUCCAUUAUGAUCGUCGAUAACCUUUCGAGCCGUCCAAUAAUCGCUAUUAUUCCAUCUUCUCUGGAUGACCCAUUUUCGAUCAUUGCUUCUGGUAUCGUGGACGACGACCGGCCAUGGUGGACACGGGGUCGGGGUCGUGAUGUGAUGUUUCCGCUGUCCCGAAACCAAAAAGGGAAUGGUUCUGCUGAGGGCACUUUUCGCUGCCUUUGCUUCGUUCCAGUGCGGAGAUGGCCGCUAGGUGAAUAUCUGACCUAGAUCAUAUCGCAGACCAACGCGAACGUGAAUGUCAUGCCUUGGCUGGCUGGCCAGCCAGGUCUUUUUGGCGGUUCCCUCAUAGUUUUCUGCAAACGCAGUUCCAAUUCGAAGGAAACGGAUGCUAUUUCAAAGAUAUGUGUAUGCAUAAAGUUCAAGUAUUAUUAUUAUAGGAAUUAAUGGAGGUUGGAAAUGACCCGAACAGUUAACUCCCCUUGGGACUGGUGCUAUUCAGCCAAUGAGUUGGUCUCAGUUCAGUCAUAUGUGUUACCGUGUGUCGAAAUGCAUACACAAUCUAUUAUUCAGUAGUUGAAUUAUAACAAAUCACCAUUAAGUAAUCUGCUGGAAUCAAGAAUUAGCGAUAAACUCACAAUAAUUAGCAAAAGGUACAUGUUUAAAGAAAAAAGGAGAUCAUAAGCGUUAAACUAUUUCUCACCUUUCAAGACAUGUUAAGAGAAGGUUAUUAUGCUUAUAUACACGAUACGUGCACAUAAAAUAUAUAGGUAAACCCAAAACAAGCUAUGGUUCCAUAUAAAAGCGAUAAAUAUAUAGUUAAGUUUCAUGGAUACCCGAAAA